UAGUUUGCAUCUCCUCUUUUAAUUAUUGAAUAAAAAUCGCACGUAAGAAAAUCAUUAAUAACUAAAAAACCCUACGAUGGGUCAAAUCGCGCCACAACGCUACGCUACUUUCUAGUUGAGCUCUAAUUGAGUAAAAAUUAUAAUUUUAUCAUUGUAAGGCACAUAGAGAUGAUCUAUUUUUCAUUUUUAGCUACUUUUCUCAUUGAAAAUAUGUGAUUAUGCCAUUGUUACCUAGAUGUCUAAUUUUCUAGUAGCAAUUUAAGAAACAAAUGUUAAAAUCACCUCUAAAUAGAUUAAAACCUAGCUCCAAUUUUCUAUUAGUGAAUAAGUAAAAAAGAUUAAAAUCACCUCUAAAUAGAUCAACAUAUUGAAUAUGAAUAUUGUGCUACUAGUCACGAGAGGGCAUGGUAGUAUUUAGAAGGUGGGUCCUCCGAUCCGGACCAAAUGUCGAAAGGUGAUAGACCAUCUAACAUGGAGCAAUUAAGAUGCAAGAUGGACCGGACAUGGAUGUACAAGUCUGACCGUCACGGUCCAGAGUUUUUUCAUGGUGUGGAUGCUUUUUUUAGGGCUACCGUGGUGUAAAAAGCCAAAAAAACAAGCGUGAUGAUCACUAUAUAUGAUGUUCGUGCGUUGAUUGCAACAAUGAGAAAUAAUUCUUAGGCAUAGAGUAGAUCCGUACACACUUAUUUCGCAGGAGUUUUAAGCCUAACUAUAUCCGUUGGACCGAGCACGGAGAAUAUGAGGAUGUUGUGCAUGAAGAACAGCCCACAGUCGAGGAAGAUGGAGGCAACAAUAUGAUGACUGAUAAAGACAUCGAUAUGUCGAUGUUUGAAGAUACUUUUAUCGGCAACGGUGAUGAUGACCUAGCUGAAAUGUUGCGCAAUGCUGAGGGAGACUUCAUCAGUGAUAGGAAACAUGAAAGGUUCCAGCGUACGAUGGAGGACUAUAAAACACCGAUGUUCCCGGGCUGUACAAAAGAGUACAACAAGUUGCAUGUUGUGCAGACAUUGUUACAAAUGAAAUCUAGCAAUGGUUGGUCUGAUAAGGGCUUCAACGAGUUGUUACAAUUUUUGAGGGACUUGUUUCUAGAGGGCAACGAGUUUCCUAAAAACAUGUACCACGUUAAACAGAUUGACUGGCCGUUGGGGUUAGAAGUAGAGAAAACACAUGCAUAUCGAAACGACUGCAUGUUAUUUCGCAACGGAGUGAAUACCAACGAGCACAGUAUGACUACCGUCAACCUCAAACUCGUCGGAUAUAGAGAAGAACUAUUUGUACUUGCCAAAGAUGUUACUCAAGUGUUCUAUGUAAAGGACAUGAACCCAGUUAAUAAGGAGGAACGUCGUGUGGUUCUUCAAGGAAAAAGAAAGGUUGUCAGGGUUGAGGAUGUCAUCGACGAGGAAGACUACAAUCAAUUCGACGACCUGCCUCCUUUCAGAGAGAAUGUCGAACUACCUCUCAUUGACGACAUUGAGGAACCUACCUACAUACGCCGCGAUCAUAACGAAGCUAUAAUAGUUAAAUGAAAGCAGUUUUGAUGUAAUAAUUAAUUCAAGAUUCGCUGUAAUUUGU